AUAUUUACAGUUCGACCAUUUCAGCUUGGUAGAAGUAGGUCAAAUUAAUCACCGGGUGAGUAAACCGUCGAUCUGUUCAUCCACACUGAUAGAAUCUUUAUUUUCCAUUGUUGCGUUGGUCAGUGAGUAACUGCGUGUAUACUACGAAACACACAGGAAACUCCGUCCUACAUUUCCAUCGCUUCCGUACAUCGCACUACUCCCACUGUCGUUGACCUGGCGAAUAGUAGAGGUUGUGCAACAAGCCAUGACGUUGGAAUGCUCCUACUUGUAUUUGACUCGGGAUUAAACAGCCUUCCACCGACUAUGUUUUAUUGUUUGAAGGAUUAAACAUCGGACAAGAAGAUGUUCUUGAAAAUGGACUUAGUGGUCCUUUGACCACGAACAAAACAAUGUGUUUCGCCGAGAAUAAUUGAACGCAAUCGUUGCGGUGAGGGAAAAUCCGUACGAAUGAAUUACACACACCAAGGAACUCGCCAACGAUCGGGCACAGAUAGUACUCGCAUUGGCAUGAAGCCCAUUCGCAUUGGAGCCUAUAUCUCGUCAAUGUUUACAUUUCUAUGUGUUUUGAGAUAUCUGAUUGAAAAUCUGACAAACUGUAACAGUCUUAAGUAUUUUUUGAGCAAAUGGCCACCCCGCAUGAAGUCGACGAAUUUCACGAUUCACAACAGUGGUGCCCUCUCUGUUCUGAACGCAUAACAGACCCUAAAAUAUUACAAUGUUUGCACAGUUUUUGUCGACCAUGUUUGGAGAAACGCGUCGCUGAACCCGAUCGUGUGAAGUGCCCCGUUUGUAUGCAUGAAACAUCACUUGGUGACAUGGGACUAGAUGGCCUGACUUCAAGUAUUCUCAUCAAUAACAUCCUUGAUGUUGUCAGUAGCCAUGAUGAUGAAAUGGAGCAACGUUUAUUCCCCCACAGUCACCAUCAGAGGCGACAGUGUAAAUCAUGUGAGGAAGGGCAGAUUGCCACACGCCUUUGCAAAGAUUGCAAUGAAGUCCUCUGUGAAAGCUGUGUCCUGGCUCAUCAAAGGGUUCGUCUUACCAAGGAUCACACAAUUAUCUACCUGGAAGGCAUCAAUGGAAGUCGCCAUGCACCCAAACUCCCUUUGCUCUUUCACCACUACCAGCAGCAGCAUCAGUAUCACCCGCCAAAGAUGCAGCCUGUUUCUGAUAGACCGCCUAGCUACUGUAGCACUCACAAGGAGAUGUUGCGGCUUUACUGUGACACCUGUUACAAAGCCAUCUGUAGAGAAUGCACCAUGGUGGAGCAUAAUGGUCAUGAUGUAGUUUACCUGCAAGAUGCUGUCCAGGAUAGCAAAGCAUUGACUGUCAAGAUGCUGAAUGAUGCCAAAGCCAACUCAAGAGCUCUUCAAGAAAGUUUGGCACACACACAAGCCAUGGCAGAGAAGGUAGAGCAUAAGUGCCAGUCAGUAGCUUCAGAGGUUCGUGCUAACAUCCGCAGGCACAAAAUGGGAUUGGAAGAAAGAGAGAGGGAGCUUUUACGCAAAGUUGAAGUAAUCCGUCAAGUGAAAUGCAAAUCACUUCAUUCCCAGGCUGAUGAUAUUCAACAAGCUAUGGAGAGUUUGAAUGAGUGCAUGGACUCUGUGCAGAAAGCUCUUGAGUCAGGCACCGAUGUUGAUGUUCUAAAAACCAAAGAAAAGAUCAUGUCUGAGAUGAGAACACUGAAAAGUUUGCGAGGAUACCUUCAACCACAGGAGGAAGAUGGCAUCUUCUUCACACCUCCUGAUGGUGUUUUGCAUACUGCAAUCUUAUCCAUGGGAUACAUUAGUAGCAGUGCUUAUCCUCCUAACUGCUAUGCAACAGGUGAUGGAUUAAAACGGGCUCUGGUUGGCAAGAUAUCCUCUUUCAUGGUUCACUCAAAAGAUCACAAUAAUGAACCAAGAUGUGUUGGUGGAGAGAUUUUAGAGGUUACUGUCCGUGGUCCUGAUGGCAUCCUUUAUCCAGCGGAGGUCAUCGACCAGCAAAAUGGCACUUAUCUAGCAAGCUACAGACCAAUGCUUGAAGGUCAGCAUUACUUGUCAGUCACAAUUAAGGGCAAGAAUAUCAUGGAUAGCCCAUUUGUUGUCACUGCUCGCAAUGCACGUAAAUUUACCACCAUUGGUCCAGCCCUCAUGUCUUUUGGAAGUGAAGGGGAAGGUGAUGGUCAGCUCUGUCGUCCCUGGGGAAUUGCAGUUGAUGCCGAGGGAAGAAUUAUUGUUGCAGACAGAAGUAACAACCGUAUCCAGAUCUUCAAUGUAGAUGGCUCCUUCAGUCACAAGUUUGGCUCUCCUGGAACCCGCAAUGGGCAAUUUGAUCGGCCGGCAGGAGUUGCUGUCAAUGGUGAAGGCAACAUCAUAAUUGCUGAUAAGGAUAACCAUCGGUGCCAGGUCUUCACUAUAUCAGGCCAAUUUCUCUUUAAGUUUGGUGAGAAAGGUAGUAAGAAUGGCCAGUUCAACUACCCUUGGGAUGUAGCAGUCAACAGUGAGGGUAAAAUCUUGGUAUCUGAUACCAGGAACCAUAGGAUCCAGCAGUUUAACCCAGAUGGCACUUUCAUCAACAAGUUUGGGUUUGAAGGUGCUCUGUGGAAGCACUUUGAUUCACCCAGAGGUGUAUCCUACAACAAUGAGGGGCACAUUGUUACAACAGAUUUCAACAAUCAUCGUCUUGUGGUCAUCCAUUCCGACUUCCAGUCAGCCCAGUAUCUUGGAUCUGAGGGAACCAACAAUGGGCAGUUCUUACGACCUCAAGGAGUGGCUGUUGACCAGGAAGGUUACAUCAUUGUGGCAGAUUCACGAAAUCACCGCAUCCAAGUAUUCCAUCCAAAUGGUAGUUUUCUGUGUAAGUUUGGUAUGCCAGGCACAGGAUCUGGUCAGUUAGAUCGCCCAUCUGGUAUCUGCGUGUCUCCAGAUGGUGUGAUAUUAGUGGUAGAUUUCGGCAACAACCGAGUGCAAGCAUUCUGAAGAAUAUUACGGGUAAAUAAAGGUUGGCCUUUUGUGUUACAGGAGCAGGAAUAUUUUAUGGGAGGAUGAUUCUGAGCCACUGAUAUAUCCCCACAUUCAUUUGCAUAUACCUGUAGCACUCUAAAAAAUGUUGUGUUCUAUGUGUAUAUUAAGUGCUCAAAGCAAAAUAUGUAAAACAUUUCUGUCAUUGAGACUUCCAAGCUGGCUAGCUUUAAUGACAAAUCUAUGCGGGUACUCAAAGAUGAAUAAAUUGUUAUUUUUCUGCUGUGUUUUCUGCCCUUUCAACAAUCUAAUUGUAAAGGUGUUGUGGUUUUAUGCAAGUGAUUGUAGGGGAAUACCAGUCAGAUAUAUAUACUUGUACAUGAUUUUAACCUAAUCAAUGAGGAGAAAUCUUAAGUUCAGAAACAGUUGGUAAAUUCAAUAUUUAUGAGCAUUGUUAAACAAUUUUGGGGGAAAAGCAGUUACGGAAGGCUGUGAGAAUCAUUGCACUUCCUUGAUUCAUCUUAGUAGCAAAGAUCAAAUGACCACAUAAUUUUAUGAAAUCAGUGUCUAGCAGGUCACUUGCAGUACAUGUACUUUUCUAAAAAUAAAGUGUUAUUUUGGAUAAGCAUCAAUAUGCUUAAUUGCAAUGUCCAAUUCAGGGAUCUAUAUUUUAAUAUACAAUGCGUUUUGCUAGGUCAACUGAUUGGGCCCCUUUAAGUAAAGUAGCUGCAUAACAUUGUACUUAAUUUCUGUUUUCAAAGGCAAGACAAAGUCUGAAUUCAUGCUACCCUUCAAUAACAAUGAUCAAAAGAUGAAACUAGUAGUUAGGUAUAUUGGAGACUAUGAUGGCUGCGCUCAGUAUCUACCUCAUUGUUAAAAUGGUGUGCUCUACCUCAUGGUCAGGGAAGAGGUUCUGCAUCCACAGCUCAGGUUGAUCCAAGAAGUGAUUGUAAAUUGCUUUUAAAACUUGCAUGUGUAGUAAAAUGUUUUGAUAACUAUAAUAAGAUAUAAAUGUGUAUGAUAUUUUGCAGCUGCCAAUAUUACUUGAAUUAUUUCAACAGGCUCCAAGUGCGAAGCAUUUUGUUGCCAAAGCUUGAAUCUAAACAAAAAAAAUGUACAUUGAUGCAAGACUCGUUCAAAUGUUUUAUCAAAAGAUAAGUUUGUAUUUAAGAUAUAUGUUUGUUUUUUUCAUUUGUUAAGUUGUUUCUUAGAAUAGUUAUAUUGUGUAGAUGUUUUGUGCCGUUAAUCAUUUAUUACCAAACAAGUGUUAGAAUAUCCAUGUGUAUAUAUGACAGCAUGCAUCAUUCUCAUAGCCGAUGAGGAAGGUGAAAUUGUCUUUUCCAUGUACUGUAUCACAUUUAAUUGUUUGGCAAUAUGGAAGAUGUACUUGAAAAACAAUGCAUCAAGAAUGUUCGGGCAUUACCAGCGAGACAACCUAAAUGUGGACAAAAUGUUAUGAAUUAUCCUGUAAAAAGCUGCCAAAUUUAGUUUAUUUAUCAUUGUGGUUCUCAAUGGCCUUUUUUACCAAGCAUUAUAUUUCAGGUUAUUAUGCUCAGGGAACGCCUUCUUAUUUCAGGGCCUGUUUUGUGAAGAACAUAUGGUCCUCGUAAGUUUGCCAUUAUGGUAAUAUUCAUACAAAUCCCAAUUUUGAUUGGCUAAUGAGCCGUUAGUAACUAUAGUAAUUGAAACUGUGGCAGGGUUACAUAAGUUCUUUAUGAAAUAGGUCCCAGGUGUACUCUGCCUCAAAAUUUUGUCGGCGUUCAUCCAAACCGUCAUAUCAGUCAAUUUUGGUCCAAAAAAAAAAUCAAUUUUGAGAUUUUGCAGAAAAUUAAAGUACAAGUCCUAUUCUAUUCAUAACUAAAUUUCUAGGCAGCAAUUUAUUUUAAUUUCUGAGAUCAUAUGAGGGGAUUUUCACGGCGAUGCUGUGCAAAUUUUUUAUGAAAUGCACAAAUCUCAUUGGAAACCUGUACAGUAGCAGAGCGAUACAAUGUUUUGACUGACCGCUAUUUCAAUGCGCGAGGUCAGCCAAACUGUCGUAUAGGCCAUCUGCACUGCAUUGACUUUUCACGUGAAAAGCAAUAAGACAUUUUGACUGACCACACACAUUGAAAUCGCAGUCAGGGUUGUUGUAUUCCCUAUGGUGUUUUUGUACGGGGGAAAUCAAAACUGCUCAAACCGAAAUUACAAGCAUAUAGCUCUUCUGCGUAUUUUCUCUGGUCCUAGGUUUUGUGUAAAAAUAAGUAAACUGUAUACCAAUGUCAAGCAAUUGUCUUGGUCUUUCCAACCAUGUACUUUACUAGCAAUGAAUAUGUUGUAAGGCUGGAGAACUAAAGUGUGAAAAUUUACGUAAAAUUUGAAGUCGAUUUUCUCUUAAAUGGGUUUGCACCGUCAUAUGUGUGAUACGACGGUUCGGAUGACCGCCGACGAUUUAUUAGUCAAGGAUAUCAAAACGAUGUCAACUACAACAACAGACUGUAUACAUUUUAAAGCGUUGUUCAGACAAUGCACAUCAAAGCUUGGAAACAUCUUUUAUAGUAUUCAGACAUGGUACUUGUCGGGGCUGAGUUGUUUGCUUUAUAAUGUUAAUAAUGAUUGAUUGACCAGUUCUCCAUUUUCACAGCCAUGAAUUUAAAAAAACUUGUUCUUACCGUCCAUGCACCAUUGUUUUGAAUGAGCCAUGCUUACAUCACAUUGACUUUGUAUACAAAUUUUAGCUGAGCUUUGGUUUGUCCUGUAGCACUAAGUUGGGCAAACUUUGAAUACCUUUUCCCCAUCAAUUUUUACCAUUAUUGCCAAAGUAUGUAAUUUUCUGAAUAGCUGUUCAAGGUUAGCUGGAACAAUUCUAUGACAUUGACCCACAACUAUUAAAGAACUUUGGUAUUUUUCUACACAAUCAUUAUUGAUAAUUGUAGGCAUCAAAACACUUUUAAAAAGCCCUGCCACUGAUUGGUUUGUAACAUUGCAGUUACUUGAAUUAAAUGGUCUAAGUUGCAGCAUAGGCCUACUGCACUCGGAGAACACACACAAAAUUCAAAUCUUCACAAUAUUCUGAUAAUUCAGUUUUGGAUAUUAUUGCUGAGUCACGGGUCAUAAGUUAUAAUUACAAUAUCAGAAAUCUAAUGAACAGGCUUAGAUCACGUUUAGGAAAGAUAGAAUGAUGUUUAGGUGAUUUGAUAAGUCUACAUAAAAUGUACAGCUUUCAAAAAUUUAUAUUAGCCCUCAGUGAAUAACCCCUGGGUCUUUUUUAUAAAGACUUACAAUUAUUGUAACUACGAUUGAAACCUCAUUUGGAUUCACUGCUGAACUAUGUGAGGCUGUUACCAUUGAAGUUAACAUAAUCAGAAGUCCUUUUAUGAUUUUGGCCUCAGAUGUGAAAGAUCAUUUUCAAAAUUUGUUAUAUGUAGUAAUAAAUUUAUUGUAUGUAUAUGUAUACAAGAGGAAAAAUGUUGGUGGUUGUUUGCUUUUGACAGAAAAAAAAUCAAAGCAUUAAAAAACAUUCAGUUUCAUUUCUGCUUGCUAAACAUGGUAUAGGAGUCAAUGGGGGAAUGGAUUAUGAAAUAAUCUAUUAAGAAUAAAUAAAAUGUAUUUCAAUCAUUAAGUCAAACAUUUCCUCAUAAAUUUCUAAAAAUAUGGUAAAAUUCCACACAAAAGCAACCACGACAAAUACAUUUUGGUAAUUCCAUUUAUACCUCAAUAUAAUGUAUGAGGGAAGGGUAUUCAAUACUCAAUACUUACUAUUUAUUGUUCUAACUAUUAUCAACACGUUAAAGUUAAUAUCAAAUAUCCAUUGACAAUAAAGAAGAGUUGUCCUGGGAUAAAUAUGCUGCAUAUUUCCAGUGGAAUGCUGUCUGAAUUCUUCUAUACAUAACUAGAAAGUCAAUUCAAGAAAUAUGAAACAUUGUCAUAAAUGAUAUACGUCAGUUUUUACCUCAAACAGUUUGUAAGAAAUGUGUUGGUUAUACAUUAUAUUGUCUUGUUGAUACACAGUGUUUCAAUAGUGCUGCACCUGUAAAUGUAUGUGAACAAUUGUGAAAUAGAUAUAGAUAUAGAUUUAGAAGAAUCCAAUUCUGCACUCUCCUCAUUAUCAACUAUACAUGAAUGUAAGAAAUGUUUGAAAUUGCAAUUGUUGUGCUACCUCUGAAGAGACAGCUUUUUAAAAAGAAUGUCAUUAUAUUGUAAUGUUUAAUUGUAUUGUGAUAAAAAAAAUUUGAAUUUCUAAGAAAUAUUAAUUUUGAAAUGUAUGAAAAUAAAAUCUAGUUGAACUGGGGUACCUAGUAAAAACAAGUCUCAUAGACUAUCAUAUACCUCAGCCAAAUCAAGGAAGGAGACUUAUAUCUCAGGCUAAAUAGUUAGAAAUGGAAAUGAAAUAAGAUUGAAGCUAAGCUUACAUGCUGUUGUGUGCUACAUGUAGAUCACAGUCUAAGACUGAAGCUUGCAUUUAUAAUAGUUAGCAUAUGUGUCUUGCAUGGAUUUCUGCUUUUAUUGCUCAAAGCAAAAUAACCCUGCUAGGAAAAGUGUAUGUUACAAGUAUCCCAAAUGUCAAACAUGAUUUGCUUAUACAUAUAUCCCAAAGACCCAAACUGCGCUUGUCUUUGUGCUUGCUACAUGUAUUAGCUUUGUUACGUAUUAACUUCUUUGAGUAAAGCUCUUUUCUGGUGAAAAAAUGCUGUGAUUGUGAUAAAAAUGUAAAUGGAGCUGUAUGUAAAGAAAUGCUGCAAGACUAUAUGUUGGUGCCAUAUUUGUUGUAAAAUAGAUAAGUGUAGAACUCAGUCAAACCCAAGUCAUUUAUGUAGGCUCAAGGGAUCAGGUGCCUGUUUUCUUUUUUCUCCAUAAUGUUCUCGUACAUUUACCAAUACCUCAGUUUACAUUUGGAAUGAAGCGCUGAGAAAGCUUGCCUGGAAAAAAUGUUACCAAGAUUUUGAUUUACACCCUGUAACAGUACAUGUACAGUAAUUUUCUCACAAGUUCACAAUGUUCUUGUUUUAUAAAGCUUGUCAAAUGUUGAAUUUCAAUUACAUUUUAUAAUCAUGUGAGUAAGCAGUCAAUCAAAUAUCACUCAUUCGAUAAUUGUAAAUUCUUAAACAAGAAAUGGCACCUUGCUCUCAAAUCUGCCAAUUACUGAAUUCAUUUUUGGAAUUAUCUCUACAGUGUAUGAGACCAUGAUCAAGUCAUGCCAUGUGUGUACAGGGAGAAUAUCAGAAGAUUAAUUGCUUCUUCACGUCAUGUAAGCUUGUGUAAGAUCAGUAAUGUUUUGUGAACAAAUAUGUGAGUAGAGUAUACAGUAUGACUUUCAAGGGAACUUGAUAGAUUCAACAAUUAAAGACACAUCCUGUGAUCUAUUGUUUGCCUUAAAUAAGUUCUACUUAUACCUUUUUUUGAUAAUAAUCAUUACAACAAGAAGUGGAGGGUACAAGUACUGGUACAGGUAUAUCAUGAAGGUAGGAUAUUCUUUUCUGAAAUUUUACAGGGGCAUUCAAUCUGCACAUUCAAGUGGUUUUUAAUUGAUCUCCCCUAGUUAAGAGAUUACAUGUAUAAUCAGGGGUUCCAUGACAUUUGCUCCAGCGACAUUUGCUCCUAUGGAAACUCUGCACAUUAAGCGAAACAUAAAAGCUAACCUCCAAAACUAAAUAAACCCUAAACCUAAUCUUUACAUUACAUUCUGAUCCAAAAACUCUAUUACAAUCCUAACUCUGAUCCUAUGCCUUCUCAGAUAUUAAGACCUGAGCAAUUGUUGCAGGAGCAAAUGUUGUGUCGUCAUAAUCAGGACCUGCCGAGAAACUUGUUUUAUAUAAUUGAAUGUAAAUAUAUUUGAAUAAUAAAUAAACAAAUUUUGCCAGUGAUUCAUUAAAUUUUUCAUGAUCGUAUUAUAGACAAAAACUGAUAAAUGAUGAAACUGGAGUGUAAAUUGCAUUUUCAAGCUAGCAUCACAAGGUCAUGAUAAGAUAAGCUGUGAAAUAUACGAGACUGAAAUGUCUGAAUGCUGCAAAAAAAAAUCGUAUUUGAUAAUGUGCUUAUUAUUUACCAAAAUUGCAAUGACUUUGAAAUUAGUAUAGUAUUUAAUAAUUAUAAUCUGUAAAAAAAAAUGUUUUUAAGAAAUGUUAAUUUCUUUUAACUAUGUAUUUUGUGUAAAUUCAUUGAAAUGAAGUAGUGUGAAAAAUUCAUCCAAAUUCAACUUUUCUUUCAUUCUUUUAUCAAAAGCCAACACUGCAUUUUACCAUCACUGGUAAGACAGCACCAUAAUAUAAUACAGUAUACUCCUGUGUAUGUAACAAAAAUGUUUGGAAAUGGGUAUGACUUUAUCUUUUGUUUGACCGAUUUUAGUUUACGAGUACUUAAGUUGUCACUCAAAUAAAUUUAUAUCAAACCAAUAGUUCUAAUGUCAAUACGAUAUGAAACCUUGAGCCUUGUACCCAAGUACAUCAAGUAACAAAAUUGAAAUCAUGUAAUGCAGGGAGCAUAAAUGUGUAGAAAUGGGCUUGUAAACACAUUGCUAUUUCAGAGGAAAUGAAAUAAAAACUUAUAUAGAUACACACUUUUCAAUGAAUAAUGAUCAACUUUGUCAGUUCCAAAAUUAAUCUGAACUCUACCCAUUUCCAAUAAAAUAUGAAAAUAAAUGUGCUGAUGAACUAAUGGGGGCCAUAGGGCACUCUGUACUACAAUAAUGCAGAAAUAUACUAGAUCAAAAAUCUAGAAGACCUAUGUCAUUGUACAUAUGCGUGACCAAAAAAAAAAAAACACAUAAAAAAGUGUAGCAUUAUGAAUUAUCAGGUUAAGAGGUUAUAAAUGCAUUCGCCAUUUUGGGUUUCAAUAAAACCAAUAAUGUUUUGUUGAGGGGAAAAUAAAAGAUAUGGUUCUUAGGUGUAUCAAUCCACUCUGGAUUUUUGUGUAAUCAACAAUUUCCCAAUUUAUGGCCAUGAUUUCAGGGUUUUACACUCGUUCAGGUUGUUUUUUUAAUAGGGAAUUGCUGAAAAAUAAAAAUACUUGUGAAGGGAUGUUUUCUAGAAGCAGUAUGGUCGUGCAUGUGUUCAUUGAUAUAGAGUGCCCCCAUUUCUGGUCAAAUAGGCUUUAUUUAUAAUUUUUCUUUGAUUUAUUUUAUACUUUUUGGGGUUCAUUUUACAUGAUGUAUCUUGAGUUGUACGACAUGUAAAUUUGUCAAGGUCAAAAUAUUAAAUUUACCACUCUGAAGUGGAGAAUCCAAAAUAUUUGACAGAAUUUAAUCUAAUUCAAAUCAAUAAUAUAUGUCCAUCUAUAAUCUUUGAAUUUUAUAGAAAUUAGUAUAUAAUGAUGUCAUUCAGAACAUUGUUGAUUACUGUGGUAAAUGCUUUCAAUGGAGGGUUCUUUUCUGAUAUUAAUUUUCUAAUUUACAAAUUACAUUCUUUUGUCCAUUUGUUUAGAUUUCUCUAUGUGUAGGUUUUUGGUGUACUGCGUAUUUUACAAGUCAUUAAAUCAUGAAAAAUAUUAAUUCAUGCUUGUUAUUUUCACCUUUUGAGUUGCACCGUUUCAUUGAAUGAAAAAUAAAUGUUUUAGAUGGCA